UCAUGGCUUUAAGAAUUAUUCUAUAUUUUGUCUUGGAUCUUGAUUACUUUUUAUUUUUUAAAAAUUGUCUUAAUACUAUGAAUGAUUAGUCUAUGUUAAUUUUUUUAUUUUUUACUAAGAAUGUGUGCCUUACUUCAAUAAAGCCGGGGCCUCGCCUUGCGCCUAGGCCCCGAGACACCUUCAGCGCCUUAGUGCGCCUUAAGCCUUUAAAAACACUGGGUACAGCAAAUGAAUAUAUAUUUUUAUACAUAUCAUAUACAACAAAUAUAUUUUAUAAAUCUUUUCACUUGUUAUAUACAUACAAUCUUUUCUCUUGGCUUAUAAAUAGGUAGUUAGGACCUUCAGUAAUUAGUUUUAAAGAAAUUUUCAUAUUGUGAUUAGAGCUUUAGCACUUAGUAUCCCAAUUUGGGACUCCCUCUCUAAUGACUUCAUAACCCUAAUUUUGGUUAAAUCACACAGUGCUUCUCCAAAGAUAGUGGAUUGGCAAAAGGCUUUGCAAGUGAAUUCACCAUGGAGUAGCAUCUAGUGUUAAUGCACUAUAAAUAUAUAUAUAUACAUAUAUAUAUAUAUAUAUAUAUAGAGAGAGAGAGAGAGACGUGCAACAAGAUUGAGAAGAGAGGAAAGGUUCUAACCAAAAUUCCAAGAAAGGAAAGAAAUUAGAGAAAUGCACAUGUCAAGUACUGUAACCCUGUCUAACAGCACAAUAGAUUAAGCAAAGGAUUCUCCUCCCAAAAUAAAUAAAAUAAAAUAAAAAAUAAAUCUCACCGCUUCAAAUAACAUGCUCAUUUGAGCAUGCCUAAUGAACUUUAGAAAUACAAUGAUUUUCCCCAGUCGCAUAGUUGUCAACCUACCCAUUGUGUUACAAUACACUUACACUUUUACUACACAACACUAAAUAGCGCAAGUAAUAUCUUUGAGAUGCAGUUUAUGAUUAAACUUGGAAAAGACGACAGAUUUGAAAAAGGCACUGCCCUCUACGAUAGAGUCUCUCGGAUCCAAACCCUCUUAAAAGGAAUGACGACACCUUGACACCUAAGGCAUUGUUUCAUUAAGGAAGAUUUGAUAUAGAAAUGGGAGGGGUUAGAUAUCCAUUCAUCAACCGCUUUAUAGUAUGGCACCUACUCAGAUGGAUUUUAGCUUCGUCAACUUCUUUAAUGCAUAUUAGUAUUACCAGACAACGCCAAUGUCCUACCAAUUUACGCUUUGGAACACACUUUCUGAAACAUGAUACACUUCUGUUCCAUAAAAUGCUGAAUUCAGCCGUCCAAAGAGAUUCCAAAAUUUAUUCCUAUUCUCUUAAAAAUCUAAUAGGAGGAAAACAUCAAAUAUAAUGAACUAAGUCUCCAUAGAGUGGAGUUUUGGAGGGACAUAAAGCUUCCAGAAUUAUUUUUUACAUGAUCAAUUUACUCAACACAUUAACAAGUAGCCAAAUUCUAACGGUGUAAUUAGUACAAGCCUACUACCCCUAAUAUCAUAGCACAUUUUAAAGCAUAUGGAAUACCAAGUUCUUGUUCUCAUUCCCGUUACUAGAACAUCCAUGUUCCAAGUAACACAGAUGCAAAUACCAGCUAUGGACUUACUAGAGCUACUAAGCAUCCUAGAAUUGGGGGAAGGCUUCUAGACGCCUAAAAGAAGGACAAUUAGAAAGAUGUGACCAAUGAGACACUAGCAAGGUUUUCUUAAUUAGUUUUGCAAGGGUCCAUAUCUACCCUAGCUUCUUUCUCAAUGUUUUUUAGUGUUUAUUUAUAUUCUGUUUCUAGGGCAAUAAGCAUGUAUGUGUGCAUGGAUGUGUGUGUGGAAAAGCCAUCGGGUGGUAGCUAACUUCAAUAUUGUAGCAUUGCACCUUUCUUUUUCAUCAGUGAAAGGUAUAGCUCAUCCCUCUUGUCUAUACUUCUUCAUUGCCUUCAUUAAUAAAUUUUUCUACAAAAGACAAUUCAUCUUCUACAUUUCCAUUGUACAUGCAACUUUUCUUUCACAAUGUUUGUCAGGCUCGCACUUUUAAAUUCUCAAAAGAAACAAACUAAUAAUUAGUAAUGAUGACUAGAACCAAUGACCAAAUGCCAAAAAAAAAAAAAAACAACCUUCAAUCAAGGAGAGACCAAUAACACUAUCCAGAGUUUGGAAUCACCAAAACACUGUCUAGCUUCUUGAAACCAGACUCCAAAGCAAUACAAGUGUAAAGCAGGAGUGACCAAAACAUAACCCAAACAAUUCAUAAUUUUGUCCAUAAAUUUUUUUUUUCCUCACUGUGUUGCCUUAUCAAGAAAAGCAUUUCCUACUCAAGGAGCUUUUGAAUUGGAAUAGUUAUUUUUGUUCUAUUGUUAAUCUUUACUUAAGUUGAGGGUACGAGGGCCAUAUUGCAAUAUUAGGGUUUGUAUAUAUAUUUUGCUAAUUUACUAAUGUAGGGUUGAGCACAACAUUAUAAGAUAUAUAAAAAAUUCCUUCCUCUUCUCUUCUCUCUUCUUCUUCCUAAACCUAAAUUUCCUCAUUUUACAUUCUAACUAAUUGGAUGUGGGGUUAACACAAAAAAGAUGGUUCCAAUUUUUGCCCUCAAAGCUAGAGAAGACCAAACAGUUGUGUUGAAGAAAAUUGGUAUCGUUUUGUGGUUCCAGACAAAUAGAAAAGGUGCUCGCUUUACAUAUUAGUAUAGAUAUCAAGCUAUGAAGCACGUGUACUCCAAAAAUGUUGCCGUACAAGUACCGGAUACUUACCGGGUACGCGUACACGUACCAGUACAGCUGCACGCGUGGCAAAAACACACCGGGUACAUUUUAUACAAUUUGUAGAUGCCUAGUACACCAUGGGUACUCCAUGGGUUCGUUUUUGGGUAGACAAGGUAAAAAACAAGAUUUUCAACAAUUAUAAGGGUACCUGAGCAAUUUUUUCUUGUUAACUUUAAAAAAUUAAAUAACUUUAGGGUUCUUUUGUAAUAAUAAAAACAUAACACAAAUUGAAAUUAGGCCUAUUGUUUUGAUUCAAUUCUCUUUGACGAAGAGCACAAUCAACAAGUUUGAAGAAAGAACACAGUCCGCAAUUGAACUCUUCUUCGAAGACGACGGUGCUAGUCGACGGCAAAAUUCGAUAUUCCAGUGAGUUUCUCUUAGUUCCUUUGCUUCAAUUCUUCCUCUUCUUCCUCUUUCUUUGAAUUUUUUUCUUACCGAAAUCUAAAAUUUAAUAUGAUUUAAAAGGAUACACGAUCCAGAUGUCAAAAUAGAUUUGAUUCAAGGUUCAAUUAUUUUCAAAUAAAUAAAUAAGAUAUUGUAAAGGUACAUUUACAUAAAACAUGGAUAUCUAUAGUGCACAAGUUACCAGAAAGUUUCCUGAUGAAGAUUAGCCUCAUUAAUAUCACUCAAAUCAUAAUGUCAUAAACUAGAUCCAAUGGGGAGCAAGCAUGUAGCAAUUAAACAUAUGGAACGAAGAUUUUUUGUACUACUAUUGUAAAGGUACAAGUUUCACAGGUUUUCCCAAUUUAUUUUGAAAAUUUUAAAAAGAUAUGGAAACUGGACAAGCAGGUUCAACAUACAUCACUAUAUGAAAGCUAAUAAGAAGAGGGGAUAAAAGAGAGCCAAUUUUUAAGAAACAAAUAACAUGUAUCUAGUAAAGCUCAAUGCUUAAUCAAUUAUAUAAGCUGGAGACCAUCUAUUGAGAUCUUAAAAGGAGGAGGAUUGUAUAUAUCAGAUUCCAAGGAAAUAUAUCUGCCUAGUCUUCUUGAAAGGGUAAAGGUAAAUAGAUCUUGACACAAUUUUGCCUAUGCUAUGUCCAAAAAUCUGGUGAUGGAAACCUAGAGAACCAACAGAUCAUACAUCCAGGAGCGAUUUUCACAGAGUGAGUGAUUUCCAUAAUUAGACGCGAUUUCCGAUGGUUUGAGAGAGUUACCUUGAAUGUUUCCGGCGAGCGUGGAGGACAGGCCGUGAUGACCGAUUCUUUUCCUUGGGGGUCGAUCCUUUGAGUUUCAGGAGGCAUCACUAGACUCCCGAGGCCAUCGACAACUAGGGAUUGUGGAACGUGGAUUAGGUUUACUGCGAGAAGUGUUAUUAGUCGGCUUUGAAGUAGUUUGGAUUGUGAAGAAGUUACGGGAGGCUUCAAGUCUCAUUGGAACCCUAUCGUUUCUGGGUCGUUUGGAUGGGAAUCGUUGGAGUGUGGCAGUUUGGAUCCGUGGCGAGGAGGACGGUGGGGCUUCGUUUCAAGUUGUGGCCACAUUGGAUGUUAAGCGGUUCUAGACUUUUAUCCCUGCUUCGGAGUUUGGGGAUAGGUGGGAGGGUGUGGCUCUAGUCAUCGAGGGUUUUGCCAGGAGAGAGGGUAGGGUUUCGAAGACUGGCGCUAUGAACGGGGCAUCAGUGGUGCACAAGGCUGUUUAGGUGUAGGACAGAGGUUUGGCUCCCAUUGGAGACAAUGGCCAGUUGGUUUAGGGCGUGGCGGAGGAGGGGUGGUUUGGUUUGGUUUGUUGAAUAGGGCUUUGGUGGGAACUGUGGGACAGGUCUUGGGUGUGUUAAGAAGUAUGCCUGGGGACAAGCCCCCGAGGCCGGAUGGAUUUUCAGUUGCUUUUCUUCAGCAUUGUUGGGGUUGGGGUUGGGGUUGGGGGGGGUUCAAAUGGGAGGUGUUGGAUGUGUUUGAGCAGUUUCAUCAAACUGGGCAAUUUGAGAGGAGUCUGAAUGCAACUUUUAUUGCUUUGAUUCCCAAGAAGGGAGGACGGAGGAUAUCCAAGACUUUCAGCCUAUUAGUCUUUUGGGCAGCAUUUACAAUUUACUGGCCAAGGUUUUGGCUAAUAGGCUUCGGGGGGUGUUGGAAGGAGUGGUCUCAGAAUCUCAGAAUGCUUUUAUAGGUGGGCGAUAGAUUUUGGAUGCUGUUUUGGUGGCUAAUGAGUGCAUGGCUUCGCAGUUUCGGCAAGGGAAAUGGGGAAUUGUAUGCAAGUUGGAUAUUGAGAAGGCUUAUGAUAAUGUCAAUUGGAACUUUCUGUUAUACAUGUUUGCGAGGUUGGAUUUUGGGGCCCAGUGGAGGCGGUGGAUACAUUUUUAUAUUUCCACUGUUCAGAUGUCAGUGCUGUUUAAUGGGACGCGAGUUUUUUCCCCGCUUGGAGAGGUUUAAGCAAGGAGACCCACUGUUCCCAUUGUUGUUUAUUUUGGUUAUGGAGGCAUUGAAUCGUCUGAUUUCUAAGGCAGUCCAAGGAGAUUUAUUAUCGGGUUUUGUGAUGGGGGAGAGAUCAGCCUCUUUGGUGGUCUCUCAUCUAUUCUAUGCUGAUGAUAAGUUGAUUUUUUGUGAUGCAGAGGCUACUCAGAUUGGUCACUUGCGAUGCAUUUUGCCAUGUUUUGAGGCAGUGUCUGGGCUGUGGGUUAAUUUGUCCAAAUUAGAAUUGAUCCUUGUGGGUCAAGUGGCUAGUUUACCGAUGUUGGCAGCCGUUUUGGACUGUAAAGUGGCCAGGUUGCCAGUUUCUUAUUUGGGACUUCCCUUGAGGGUUUCUUUUAAGGAGACUCGAGUAUGGGAUGGGGUAGUGGACAAAGUGCAGCGGCGGUUAGCAGGGUGGAAGCGCCAAUACUUGUCCAAAGAGGGGGCAGAUUACUUUGAUCAAGACUGUUCUUUCCAGCAUUCCGACGUACUUUAUGUCUGCGCAUGUAGUCCCUGUGGGGGUGGCAAAGAGGUUGGAGAAAUUGCAAUGGGAGUUUUUGUGGAGUGGGGGUGGGAAGGGUUUUCAUUAUCAUUUGGUGGCUUGGGAGAGGGUUUGUACUUUGAAGGAGGAAGGGUUUGGGUGUGCGAAAAUUGGUGGUGUUUAAUGGGGCUUUAUGAGGUAAAUGGUUGUAGCGUUUUGUGGGGGAACGGGACAGUUUACGGAGAAGGUUGGUGGUGGCCAAGUAUGGAGAGGAGAGGGGGGGUUGGUGUUCGCAAAGAGUGGCUCAACUUUAUGGUCGUAGUUUGUGGAAGGAGAUUUGGUUGGAGAGGGCGGAGUUUUGGAAGGGUUCGGUUUAAAGUGGGGGGUUGGUGAUCGGGUUCGUUUCUGGCGAAAUCGGUGGUGUGAUGGUUUGACUUUGACCGCCUUGUUUCCUUUGAUUUAUGCUAUUGCUGUUGAUGGGGAAGAAUUGUUUGCUUUGGUUAGGUCGACACACGAGGACUCAAUUGUCUGGAAUGUUUGUCUUCAUCAUGAUAUACAGGAUUGGGAGGUAAGACCAAUUGGUGGAUCUUCUAGGCUUUCUAUAUGGCUUGCGGAAUGGGGGGGAUGGGUUGGAUUCUUUACUUUGGGAUGUCUGGAGCUCUAAAGGUGUUUUCUCCGUGUCUUUAUUUUAUGGGGUGCUUGUAGAGGGUGUUGGUGGUGUGUUUCCUUGGAAAUGUAUUUGGGCCACGGGUUCUCCUUCUAAGGUCGCUUUCUUUGUUUGGACCGCAACUUUGGGACGUAUCCUCAUUAUUGAUAAUCUUAUCCAGCGGCGGCAUGUAUUGGUGAAUUGGUGUUGCCUGUGUUGCAGGGAUGCGGAAACGGUGGAUCAUUUGCUUCUUCAUUGCCCAGUUGUGUCCAAACUUUGGAAUUUCCUUGUUGCUUUGUUUGGCUUAGUGUGGGUGCAACCGGAGUCUUUACUGGGAGUGUUACAGAGUUGAGGUGGGGCUAGGGUGGGGAAGAGGUGUCGAAAGGCUUGGGUGCUUGCUUCCCAUUGUUUGCUUUGGUUGAUUUGGUUAAAAUAGAAUAAGCUAGUGUUUCAGGAUAAAUGUCAUUCCGUUUUAUGGUAAGAAAAUAGGUUGUUGUUGGUGCUGCAUAGUUGGGUUACGGGUACAGUCGAUCCCAUUGUCUUGGUCUUUGUUGACUUUGUGGAGGAUUUGAUUAGUUAGUUUUGUUUAGUCCGUUUGUGGGUGGUUUGUUUGUAUUCUUUGCAUCGUCUUGAUGCAUUCUAAUAAAGUUCUAGUAUUUAUCCAAAAAAAAAAGCUCAAUGCUUAUCUUUCCAUAUCAUUCUAUCAAAUGUUCCAGAAGCAUAAUUUCAUGCUCUACCCAACUACCUUAUGAGAGAGAGAGAGAGAGAGAGAGAGAGAGUACUAAAUUGGAUGACUAAAAAUUCAAAUCCUAAAACAAAAGUUUGCAACAUGUCAGUUAGACUGAAGAGCAAUGAUUCCCUGUCCAAAAGCACAGAACAAUAAACCUCAUCCACUCUCUAAAUCAGAAGUCUCCUAAUAAUGGAGCUGUACCAAUGGUAGAAAAGGCAAGAGAACGAAUAUAGCACAAAAUGUCAGGCUGAAGACUCAAGACACAUCAUUUAAAAUAAUAAAUCUCAAGUAAAACUUUGAAUGAAGACAAUUAGUCAAGCUCCUAGAAAUUGA